GGUGGCUGGCUCAGUGCGGCGGCGGGUGGCUGGGUGCCCUGCACAGAGAAAGAGAAAGAGAAAGAGAGAGGGAGAGGGAGAGAGAGAGAGAGAGAGACGAACGAGCGAGCGAGCGAGUGAGUGUCUGUGCGUGUGCGCGCGCGGGGACGGUCAGGUGAUCAAUAGGCAGGCGAGCUCGGGGCGGGUGCGCGGCUUCCAACACCAGCGAAGGAGUAGGAGUAGGAGGAGGCGCGGGGGUCCGGGCCAGUGACGAUGGUGACAGUGUGAUGCCUGGCAGGGCCGCCUAGUAUUGUGGGGAGGAGGGCCGCAUACACACAAACAAAACAAACUAUUAGUAUUAUUAUUUUCUAGUACUGGAGAUAACCCCAUAGAGCGGCCCCAUUGGAGUAACCAAAUAUUUAAACCAUGAAGCGACGAAUCGGGUUCGGGAACGACGCCGAGUUUAUGUCUUAUUUGCUGGAUGUUGCGGAUCGCUCACAGAGACGAGGUGGGAGUGGAGGAAGCGACGCCACGACAGACGACGGCAGCAAAAGCGACGAUAACGACGAUGAAGACCACGACAACCACAACCACAACCACCACGACAACCACAACCACCACGAAAGCCACAACCACCACGACAACCAUCAUCACACUCCCCCGUCGCACAAGUCAUCACACCACCACCAAUCCAGAAACGGCCGAACGAGAGAGUCGAACGGUGAGUGUGAUCGUUACAGCGAGGUGACGUCCCGUCGCACAGCCCGCCAUCAGGAUCCCAUGGAAGACCACGAGGUCAGCUUGGAUUCUCCGCGGCACACCCCGAGGUCACGAGACAACCGGAGGUCAGGCAGGCAUUCUGCGAAGGCCGGCGAGAAGACCCCCAAGAACAACAACCACCUGAAGGACCUCCGAGAGGAAUCCUCCGACAGAAAGUGGAAUCAGGAGAACCGCCUGAGGCUGGAGGACGACCAGGAGUACGAAACGCAGACCAUCCUGGAGCCUCGGAUGAGACACGACAGCAACCACGCGGAGGAGCGGAGGGAGAAAAAGGCCAAGGUCAAGCUAAAAACUGCCAAGGACGACUUGGAGGAGUUGGACAACAAUAACCCCCCGGCCAUUCUCUCCCCAACGGCUACUCUCACCGCCACCAUCAUUGAUACGGUACAAAAUAACACCACCACCUCACUCUCGCCGCCUCCUAUCGAACUCACUCCAGUACAAGACCUCGAUGUCACCCAACACCUCCAUCAUCACUACCAACAGCAGCAGUUGCACCAGCAGCACCAGGACAUCCACGCCGAGCUCCCGCAGGUGCACCAGCUGCAGCCCCCGACCGACCUCCUGGUGGAGGACAUCGAUAUCGACGCGAAAUGUCUCGACAUUGACGAUAAGAAGAUUAAAAAGAAGGACGACAGAAGGGACGAAAAGAGGAAGAAGAAGUUGAAACAUCUGGAAGAAGAGAAUCUGUCGAAACGACUGUAUGAGGCCCGGGACAUCGCGCCCCCAGAGGUCCGGCCUCCCCCCGUGGAUGUCUUGUCGGCGACGGUGAAGGUGAGCGACCGUGAGAGCGGUGUGGUGGAGGGCGUGGGCCUUCGGGAGGAAGAGGAAAGGCGGGUCGCCAUCCGUAUCAAGCUCUGCGGCGAAUGCGGGGCUCGGCACGUGGCUGGCACCUGCCCUUUCUCCCGCCCCACCCACGUCCUCCCGGACACCUGUCCUCCACCUGUCCACGCCCAUGCUCUCGAGGUGGCACCCCAGCAAAAUGGUGUCAUCGUGGCACCGCCUCACCGAGAGUCACCCGUCAAUCUGUCUGGAGGAGGUCUGGGUCGAGAGGAGGAGAAGGAGGAGGAGACCUGGAGGGAUCCUCAGAGACCCGGAUCCCCGGGGUGCUACGCCAGAGCCUCCCUGCCCCCGGGCUUGUGCCUGGAGAGGCGCAUUUUGCCCCCGCCCAACGACAAUUCCACUGACAGUGACAGUGACGUCGGGGUUGUUGGCGUGACCCAGGUGCCCGGGCGGCAGGUGGAGGUGGUCGUGGCAAGAGCCUCUCUUACCCGCUACACGCAGCUGGGCCCUGUGGUUGGCGUGCCCGUCAGGGAGAGGGACAUACCCGAUGACUUCUGCAUGAUCAACCUGUGGGAGGUGUUUAGCGGUGAGGGCAAGAGGUACCUGAGUACGGUUGACCCACGCAGGAGUAAUUGGACACGUUACCUGAGACCAGCUCCCGACCGUGAUUCGGCCAACCUAGUGGUAGUGCCAAGACCGAUCCUCGACCCAAGUGAAGAUGUGACUGGUAUGGGUGGCGUGGGCGUUUUCCUCAUUACCACGCAGGACGUGAGUGUGGGCCAGGAACUCAUGUUCUGGGCCCAUGACCCUACUCUCGCCUGGUCCCGCAAGAAAAUGGAAAAAACCAACUGCGGUGGCUGCAACAUGAAGUUCUCGCACCCGUUGUACUACAGGAUGCACUGUUCUGUCUUCCACGAUCCUAAUUACUCUCUCACCAUCCGCAAGUACCACUGCAAGGUGUGCGGGCUGGCGGUACUUGGGAAGGAGAACAUCAUGCGUCAUGCAGCCGAACAGCACGAGGGGAGAGGGGCCUACCAGUGCCAAUACUGCAAGAAGUUCUUCCUGCGCCUACAUUCACUGGACAUGCACGUGACCUACUCCUGCGGCCGAAAUCCCGCCCGAGUCUUCCCCCUCUGUGACUACUGCGGGAAGAAGUUCUGUCAACCACAGCACCUGCGGUCGCACCAGAAGCGCAUGCAUGCAGACAUGGCAGAGGUUUUACGUGAGUUCCAGUGCAAACUGUGCUUCAAGAUUCUCGGAUCCAGAGCCGCCUUGCAGAGACAUCUGAAAGAGGUUCAUCACAAGCAGGACUUGAGUACUGGAGCAACGUGUGACCGGUGUGGCAAAAUGUUCCAGAACAAGAGCAAUCUGAAGAUCCACAUGCUUACUCAUUCUGGUGUCAAACCCUUCAAGUGUGCAGAAACUGGUUGUAAUGCUGCUUUCACAACAAAACAGUGUUUGCAGUUCCACUACAAGAAAGUACAUGGUUACUCAGGUGACAGCAUGCCCAAGAUAGAGCGAUGCAUUCCCUACACAUUUGACUCCUACUCUGGAGGACUAGUGAACGACCCUGGUCGAGGGAAAGUACCAAAUUUACCUGCUCAAGAAGGUGUAACAAUUGACCAACAACCUACUCCAGCAACAACACCGGCUGAGCCACCUGCACCAGAUGACUCAUCACAUAGUGCAGAUCCUCCCUUGGGCUCAGUAAGCUCAGCAGAAGAGCCACCAACCCCUAGACCAGAGCUUUUGCUUGCUGCUGCUGCUGCUAAAUUACCACCAGCAACAACAUUACACAGCUAUGUUGCGAAGUAUGCAGCAGCAGCUACUCGACUUGUUAGUAAAGGCUCAAGAAAAUGGUUAGGUGAUCCACUGGAUAUGCAAGAUAGAGAUUAUGAUGCAUCUCGUGAUGUAUAUGAUUUUGAUGACAGAUUAGAGGAGGAACUACUCCAAAAACGAAAGAAAGAUGAUGACUAUGCAGGAGAAGAAAAAUUGUACAGACGAGAAUCUAAUGCAUCUCUUCUUGUGGAAGCAGCUCUUAAUGUAGCAGAACAAAACAUGAAAAUGGAUGGUCGAGGAGGAGUGGGGAGUCACGAUCGACUUUUGGGCUACAGCGGUCGUUACUCUCCAUUACCACCAACUACUGUGGUUACUUCUAUGGAACAGAUACUCCCACAUGAUGCAGCUUUAGCAACUCACAUAAAGUACACAACUAGUGCUGCUGAUGAUGAGCGAGCACACUUAGAAUAUACCCUAGAGAGAGAGUAUGAUCCUCGAGACUUGCCGGAGGUCAUGGUUGUACAUGAGACCAUUGGAAGCCGUGAUUUACAUGACCAGCUCAGUCAUGACUUACAAGACAAUCUACAUGCUGCUUUGGACCACCUUCCCCCUACUUCUGUCAGUGAUGAGUUGCAUCACGCUCACCAGACUCAGCACUCAGACCAGGCUCAUAAUUUAACGCUUGUUAAGUCAGAUGAUCUACCACCACCCACUCCUGCUACUCCUGCAGAUCCUGGUACACCAAUGGCACCCCCAACACCAUUAAGUUCUAAUGGUGGGUUGGAACCAUCAUUGCAUGUAUUAGACCAACUUCCAGUUACUCAGGGUCUGCCAGUAUCACUGUCAUCUUCUCUUUCUGUUGGAGUGGAUAUGAGUUAUAAGCAUUACCGCCAUGCAGAAUUAACACCAGUAAGUCAUGAGCAGGGAUUACCAGGACAACUAGACGACUCAGAAGCUUCAAUGGGGUUGGACCCUAUGGGGGAUGGUGGUCAUCUCUCACCACGUAAUGAUCACCUGACUGAUCAGUUACCUCUGCCAGAGUUACAGCCUCAUGACUUCCGUGGGUUGGCAGCAUUAAGAUCACCAGAGCCUCCAAGAUCACCAUAUUUGUCUCCGAGCCCAACCCCAGAUGCACUGCGCUCAUAUUUGGUGACUACUGAUGGUCUGAGAUCUCCAUUACCCCUUGAUCAAUGUGUUGAUAUGACAAGAGCCAAUCUUUUCCUUCGUCCUGCUGACCUUGCCAGUCUUCAGCAGCGAUAUCAUGGAGAAGUGAGUCACCAAUCAGGACGUGCCCAAUUAUAUGAGCUUGAAAGGGUACCAGCCCAUUCUGUGGAUUUCAGUGUCUCAGGGCGUACUCUUACUUAUACAAGUGAGGCAUUGAGGUCAGGUUCUGUAUGCACUACUGUUUAUGUGGCAGAUUCUCAUCCAGAUGACCGUCAUUCCUUGGACCUCACCCUUCCACGCCAUGAUCCUGAUCUUCACAGGUCAAGUUCUCCGAGUCACAAUCACCCUGCUGCUCGUGGAAUGUCUCCGCACUCACAACUUUCUCCCCAUAACCAGCUGUCCCCUCAUAAUCAGUUAUCUCCUCACAACCAACUAUCGCCGCACAAUCAGGUAUCACCACAUAACCAGUUGUCCCCACAUAACCAAUUAUCCCCACAUACACAAUUACCACCUUAUUCACAACUAUCUCCUCAUGGACAGAUGUCACCAUUGGUCAAUUUGGGAAUGGUUGAACGAGGAGUGGGUAGUCCCCCUCUUUCUCCCACUGGUAAUCCUUUACCCCCUAUUAGUAGAAUUGUAGCUCCUGCUCCCCACUCCCCAAUUUUAAGUUCCCGCCAAAUGUCUCCUGUGCCAAGACCUGAACUGUCUCCUUCUUUCACUACUCAUACUCAUGGGGAAUUAUUUGUGACAGGUGGUGCUGUACCUUUGCAAUCAAGUACCCCUGGACCACCACUUACCCCUGGCCCACAAAUAAACAAAGACAGAUCUUCUCCAUAUUCUCAAUACCCUUCUUCACCCUACCCUAGACAUCAACAUCAUUCCUCUCCACCUCCGUCAUACCAUUACCAAUACUACUGACCACGGCUUUCGCCAAGUCCCCCACGGCUGGUUGAAAACUCUGAUGAUCCCCUAGUAAUUCAAGAUUCCCAUGUUUCCCCUGCCCUCUUUGCCCACUGUUCCUAGUACUCUACCAACGACGAUACGCCUUCUUGACUUACCAGGUGCGGCCCUAUCCACUAAACCAUCAUUGUUCAUAACCCUUUUUCAUAUGUGUUACAACGACUGGGGAUUACCUCACUGAAGGCCCAACACUCUUACGGCCAUUUUACUCAAUUACUUUUAAGUAAUGUUGUUCAUUGUGGGUAUUUCCAGUUUAAACAUCCAUUUUCAUAAUUUAUAAGCUCAAUUCAACAAUACUGUACUGAUAACUCAAAGAUUUUAAUAGCCGUGAUAUAGAGUUAAAUCCCAAUGAAUAGUUGUGCUUUUUUAUAUCCUAUGGGUAAUCAUUAUCUUUACAAUUUGUAACUCACAUUCCUUCCUCUCAAUCAUCUACAUUGUCUUCCCUGUUCUGUCCCAUUUUCCUUUAUUGUGUAGGGCUGCCCUAUAUGAGAUGGUUGCCCUAUUGGGCAUUUGAGUGAACUGCUAGAGUAAUGAUAUAUGUUAAGAGGGGUCUGUAAACGUUCAUGUUUCAUAAAAAAGGAACUCUCAUUUCCUCUGUCUCUCUGUCUCCUUCUUUUUCUCCUUUCAUUUCUCAUAUACCUAACCUUCUUGUCUCAGUUGUGAUGUGACCUUAACUUUAAUCGUGUAUACAUGAUUGCCUCUUCCAACUCAGGGAGUGCUGUUUUAACGGAGUUCUUUCCAGUGAUCUGAGAGGCAUGACCCUCAUGUGGGCCUAGAUGGUCACAGAGCAGUAGACAAACUGAAUUGCUGACACACUCCUCCUAUGCACUCAACCGUAACAUAUGCAAACGCAAUAUAUAUGCAAUGUGAAACGAAGUCUGGUCGUUGCCACAAGCUGUGUUUGUGUCCCAAGCAAAGCCAGGCAUCAAGCUGCUAAGUCACUCUGAGAGGCUGAGUGAUAAUAACUGACUGAUGAUGUAUGUGGGUUUGCCUUUUCUAAUCUUCUACAAUAUGACUGCUAUAAUGUGGUUGGUGUGAUGAGGAGGAUUUGCCCACCUCCACAUAUGGCACCCAUCACAUCCUUCAUAUUUCCCAUUUCGUGCCAAGACAAGGUACGAGGAGGCCAAGCCUCUCUUGUGCAGCAGUGGUCGCAUUUCACAGGACCCUGGGACUGUUGUUUGAACCAAAGGUUGUAGUGAAAGGAAUGAAAUAUAUAUAUUUUGCUGUUACAGUUUUUUCUUAAUUUCUUUGGCUAGUUUUCUGAACUGUGAGUUGUGUAUAUUUUAGAUAAACGAGAAGUGAACUAUGGAAAGUGUACCUUAAAGGGACUAGAAUUCCCAGGGCAGCCUGUCCUUUUCUUUAUUAUUAUGUACAAAGGGAGAGUGGAAAGCUCGAUGUGAACCUUAUGUGCCAAUGUUUCUAGAUAACACUUGUUAGCUACUGUGUCGGAAUCAUUCAUGUUGAUGAUAUUUGAGGUGUUGCAAUUGUUUUAUAUGUGAAAAUGGAUUAUAAGUGUCUCCUCUGGAUAUGUGUCCUUUCUGGACUGGGAUUGAAUUUAAAGCAAUAACGUAAGAUCGCUGUCAGUGCAACAGGACUUGUGCCCGUCAGUGACAGUGGACCAUUGGCUGGGGUGAAAUGCAUUUCUCUACGAGGCAAACAGCAAAAUGUUUCAAUCAGAAAGCUUUACAGUCUAAAUGUGCUAGUGGUUGGUUUGUAACACUGGUAGCAAUGUAACGAAUAUUGGUUUCUUAUUGUCAUUUAUUAUUAUUAUCAUUGAUUGCCAUCUUUACUAAAUGUAUGUAGUGUUUAUUUGAUUAUUUGUUAAUGUUCUGUUAACAUUAUUGUUAAUGGAAAUUUUGUUAAUACGCACAAUUUUCAAAACUUUAUUACUGUUAAAAGUUAGACCAAAGAAUGGGUAUAAUUAAAUGUUUUUGAAUGAUAUAGAGUACAGGUUAUUUGUCUGUAGAAUUAUUGUCAUGUAUCUGAAUUUUUGAAUAGUGUAUAUUUGAAUAUUUUUCCUAGGCGUUUGAAAUUUAACUACUCUAUGUAGGAGUGGAAACUAUUUAUAGUUCAGAUCCACCUAAUCUCUACAGAGAUAAAAGUAGUGUACUAUUGUGCCAUACCUAACAAUGCAUCAGUGAAGUUUCUGUGCUUCAGUACUGUUUCCCAUCUGUGGAGGACUGAUUCGAAGUGAUAUAUGUGCAGGACUGAUCUACUCAUGAUGGUAAUAGUAACUCACAGUAACAUGAACAUGUUCCACUGCCUCUGAUGAGCCCUAUUCCGUGCGAUCCCCCUUUACCAGCUCCUGUGGACGUUGUAAUGCGUGUCUCUGCGUCAAUGUUGCCCAGUAUGCCCCUCCCUAUCCCUAUUGCCACCCCCACUUUUCCCCAUUGCCUCUCCUUGGCAAGCAAUGUCAACAGUAUUAAGUGCUAAAAGUAGAAUCUGUGUGUUCUGAAAGUGAUCUCAUCAUUACGUACAGCUACAUGUGAUUAUUAUAUAUUCUUGGGAAGAUUGAAAGUUUUGUACAUUUUAAUGUCUGUUUUUGAUUCAAAGAAUCAUUUGCACUAUGUGAUACAUUGUACAGUUACUUUAACGGCUAUACUGUAUUCUCGUGCUGUGAAUGCGAAAAUGUGUUCAGUCAGAUGUGUCAUAUGCAUUCGGGUUCAUCAUUCAAAAUUAGAGUGAUAUGGAUAUAUCACUAAAUCCUUGAAGUUGACAGUCCUUGACCAAGGCAUUAGUCCCCCAUCAGUCCUCCCCCUAAGUCUUGGAAGUCAUCCUCAGAAAGUUUUACAUAGAUAAUGUCACUUUGGAAUCUAACAUGUCAAGAUACGCGCAAACACUAUGCCUAAGGUAAUGUUAGGAAUACUUUUGGUAAGGUCCUUUAGGACAGUCCCAAAAUGUUUUCCUUCAAGGUGUUUAUGGUAAUGAAGCAAUAAAUAUGCACCCUACAAUUUGAUAUUUUAAUAGUACUCAUGUGUUGGGAUUCCAUGUGACCAAAUUCUGGUAAUGUGAGGCUUUAAAUAAGGUCUGUAAUGCAUCCUAGUUGUUAUUUGCACUCUGGCAUAACAAAUAGUUAGUAAGAUCUGAGUGGCUUCCAGCUCACCUUUAUCGAGUUUCGUUCUGCAGAGAAUGGUCGUCAGUUUCUAUGUUUUAGGAGGUUAGAAAGAUCCUGUAGUUGAGCUCACCCUCAAACAAACAAACAAACAAACCUCAUGGAUCAACCAAAGGUUUCCCCCCCCCCCCCCACCCCCAAACCCUCAAAUCCCCCAAAACGUAGGAGAAGGUCAAUUUACAACAUUUAGGUACAGUCUGACGUACUCAGCAGGUUUGUACCUUGCAUGGAACCAACAAAAUUCUUUUUUAUUUUUGUGCUAAAGAUUAGAAUCGAAUAGUGGUUCCUUGCAGGGCUGAAAUUUGCAGACAGCGUCUUGAAUUAGGAGUCUUUGUAGUUUCCUUUUGUGGUGUUUUAGCGUGAUUUUUGUACCUGGCUGGGUGGUGAAACGCGACACUCUAAAAUAUAAUGAUAAAAAUAAUAAAAAAAUAAAUAACUUUGAAAAUGAAUGCAAGACUUUCUAGUUUUUACAUAAUCUGAAUGGUUCAAAAGAAGUGUGGUGAGAUGAAGUUAACAUUAUACACUGAAGUGAGAAAAGUUUAAUUUUCUUGCUAAAUUUAAAAAAAAAACUACAGGGAAACAAAUACAUACACAGUCAUGUGUAGAACUGCCAAAAUGAAAGUUUUGAUAUAUCAGUGAAAUGGCAGGCAAUCUCAAGUCUUCUGGAGGAUGCCUGGAAUGGUCGUUUCUCUUUGUUCUAUAAUAGUAACAAUGACAACGAGCCUUCUUAGGACUACGGUCAGCCUUGUGUUUCAUUCAUUUGAGUAGCUAAUUCCUUAAAACAAACUUGUUUCUCUUCGUCUAAAUUUAUUCAUCAAUAAAGACACUCGACAGUCUUGAGAUGUUUCUAUAGUAUGUUAAUUAAAUCAUACUCAUUGGAUUCAUGUAGUCUGUGUAAUAUUUUACUAAUGAAAUGGAGAAGAUUUUUUGAUUGUAAAAGGUAUGACCACCACAGAAUGACUUGGGUCGCAAAGCCCGUCACAAUCAACCAACCUACCAAAUGAAUGAACAUUUUUUCAUUUAUUUUCUUGGCCCAUUGUACCCCUUAUGCCAAGUUGCUCACGUGACACACCAAGCCAGCUGAGUGACCGGUGUUCGACUCUUUUUCCCGAGUUUAGGGAGACUCCUUACGAGCCGGGAAACUAUUCUCAGCAGUGUUUGGUAUAUUGAGAGCUCUCGAACUCAAUUCUUCCAUGUUUUAGAUUAUGGAAAUGUUGAAGUUUUUUGGAUUUACAGAUCUUUGUACCCCAUGAAUUUUUAAAUGUUGUCAUUAAAUUCCCUCGAAAAUGAAUAUUAUUUUCUUGUCUAAAGUGUUCAGCAUGACUAAUGGAUGUACUAACGAGAUGUACUUCAUGUUCUCCCAAUGACAUACACCCAUGCUUGACUCUUGUAACGAAGCUCAAAUAUUUGAAUUUUAAUGUUAAAUGAUCUUUAUACAUUUUCCCUGCUAUUAAGUGAACAUUUUAUUGUUUGUUUCUGUGAUAUAAGUUACAUUAAACAUUAUUAUUAUAAAACUGA